AUGAUUACAGACCUCUUUGCAGGCCGAACUGCCACUAGUGCUACUAGCCCGACGCGACGGGGGACCGAUAGCCGAUACGGAAGUGUAGCAUCUACAUCGCGACACAGUGAUGAUGGAAAACGUCAACGGCCUGCGCGCAGUCGAAUUUCUACGUCCCACACGGCUGGCGGUGCGGGACUAAAACCAACUGAGGGGACAGACUUUGAACUUUUUACCAGUUGUGCUGCCCAGGUGCAGCGGAGCCUCAAGGUAAGCUCUAAUUCACCCAGUUCCUUACACACUUUGGCUUCAUACUACACCAAGGUGACUCCUUUAAUUGAAAAUCGACCAUUCUGCGUAAGUCUUAGCUACGCCACCUUCUUGUUUCAUAUGCAGAUGGCACGAAUCAGCGUGCCAGAUGUAGAUUUGUAUGUGAAACUCAUCGCUACUGUUCUUUCACAGAUAAACGAUAGCGAACGAUUACGACAUCCCUUUGUUCAGCAGGUGCUACGGGAUCAUGUGCUAGGUCUCUCUUCGUUCACUUGCCGCGGUGGCGCCCAUUGUGUAGUGCUUCUCCCUCCUCAGCAGUACCGUGCGUUCGCCACAAUGGCUUGUAGCUUACUGGAGUUCGACAUUCUACCUGUGGACAUUACGUUCCAGUUUCAGGAUGAGUUGAGAGGUUAUUGUAAUGCGUUGUCUCCUCUCGUUGCGAAUCGUGCGUUGGCACUACUAGUAAAAACUGUUGACCAGGUUCGAAUUGAUGAGCAAGUUACAGCCCUACAGUAUGUUCUCAAGACGAAGCCGACCAUCAUGAAUUUAGAUUUCUUAUUAGCUUGUUAUGAGCGCUUGAAGCGUGCAGUGACGGACCCGGCUAACGGUCCUACUUUUGGUCGUGCACUUUCAAUUCAUUGCAGUGAACUCUUCUUACGCUUUCGCUCUCCCAUUCGCCGAGAAUACGUUGAACGGUUUCUUUACCCAAGCCUAUGUCACCCCGACAUGGUUGGCUUCCUAGAUAUUAAAACGACGAGACGACACCUCUUCGAAGAGCUUUUGCCGAUGUGCACCUAUGGGCUGAACACCACCAAUCCAUUUUAUAUGUGUAUCUGUGCGCUAUUACAGAGCAGGUUAGACGACGAAAUCGAUGGUGCUAUUGAAAUCGUGACACUCAUUGACAGUCAAAUGCCGCAUGCGGCCUACUUCAUGUCUGCGCUUGCAAUUGACAUGCAUAUGUCGGUAUCAAUGUUUGCCAAGGUGGUUAUUGCACUCUCUCGUGGGGCAGGACUAGCCAUGACCGGGCACGAGGUUUCUGAUGAGGUGGCCACAACCAUUAACCGAAGUCGAGCAAACGUCUACAACGUUCUUUUCGUGUUGCGCGAAGUCGUUCGCACAUGCUCAGUGACCGAUUCCCGACGUGCAAUAGACAUGCUCAAAGCUCUUCGAAUUGCUGUACCUAUCCAAUCAAUUGAGGCCCUUGGCAAGUUAUCCACUGAAGCCUUUGAGGGACAUUGUGAUAUCCUAGUCGACCCACAGUUGCUUUGCGCGGAGUUGGCGAUGGUAUUGCAUUAUGAACACAUAAUUGAGGCGGUCGAGUCCUCUGUAGAGUAUUUCACUGAUGUGUCGACACAGUGCCAUUAUUGCGGUAUGCAACGCAGUGCUUCCUUGAUUUGCCCUGUGAACGGAACUGUGCAUGUGGUUGGGCAGACCUCCGUCAGUCGUGUGCUUUCUACUCUCGCGGAAUGUGCGGGUUCUAAGGUGCUUGUGGAAAGGCUCAUUCAGUAUAUGCGUGACCCCACUACUCAAAUGAAUAGUGCUGUGCACUUUUUGAUUUACCACAUUAUCUCUAACGCUGGACAGCAUCGUAAUUCUCUAUUUGUAGUGUUGGAACCGUAUAUUCGCACCACACUUCUAGCCUUGGUAAGUACGGAACGUACUCGAAACCGAAUUUCCAGCGAGCACAAGGCUAAUGUUUUAAUGUUGCAUGUGAAGCUUGUGACACUUCUUUCAUCAACAAUUGAUGCCUCCUAUUUGGAAAGCAUCCUCAAAGUAUUCUCUGAACUUAAACUCAAUAACAAUCAUGAUGCUCUUGCACUAUGGUAUAUGUGUAAUGUUUUGCUACGGAAUUGUAAGGAAAAUGUUGAUCUCUUACCGACAGACCCACAGGAAAAUAACUAUUGUAUUGACUUCCCUGGAUGCGCACCGACGAGCGCUAAGUGUGCAGACAAUGCUCAGAUGUUGUUGAAGCUGCUAGAUCGUGCACACAACUUCAGCGCAGAAACCAAAAAACUCGUAGGGUGUUGUGUGUGCAGGUUAAUUCAGGACUUUAAUAUGCAGGCGCCGAACAUCGUUAGUGCAUUACUUUCUUCUUUCGGGUUUGUGCCAAUUGGCCUGGAUUCCCUCAACGAGUUUGCGCUACCUGUGGGUGCAGGCAGCACGUUCUGGUCCUUUUUCUUACAUCAAAUGAGGACAUCUGCUCCUGCGCGAACUGCGUUGAUGGUAACACUAGCGAAGAGUAUGUCGAGGCGCUUUCGCAUUGCUAAUCCAACGGAGGCGGUCGCGCUCUAUGGUGGUGAAAUAACAGGCCACCUUUUUUCAGUUAUGAUGUACGAAGCUAUGAAACGCAGCCCUCCCUUAGCGCGUGUUGUGCUCUAUAUGAUUUCUCACUGGAUGAAGCAGUCAGAUCAUUUGCCUGGGAAGUUUAUUUGCCUUGUUUACAUUUGCGUGCAGCUCAUCGUAGUGAUUCGGGAGCGUGGAGAAGGGGAUGCGUCACGGGUCGAGAUCGAGGCUGAAACAGUCCAAGAUCGUAUGCAGUUUGACAACAGUGUUACAAAAGCCGUUAAACUCCUAUCCUCCCAGCAGUCUCGCAUUGAAAAACUGGCCCUUGCUGUGAAAAUGGAAAAUAUUGCCUUUUUCCACCUUGUUCAUCGUCUGCAUCGAAAAGUGCGUCGUACCAUCGCAUCUGUAAAUGGAGACCCAGUACCACCUGUUGAUGAACUAGAAGACCAGGGGGAUAUAGAUGCACCCCAAGACCUAAAGGAGGCUAGUGUGUGGCAGGAGGAUGUGAGGACCAAUGCAACUGUUCCAUUGCCUAACGAAAGUGUAGCAAACCUCAAUGAAUUGUAUAAUGCCGUGGACGACAGCGUUUUUAAUAACUUUCCCGAUGAAGGUGCAAAUUACGAAGACAGUGAGGAGGGGGAUGGAUAUGUCACACACAACGGUGGUACCUCGCUACCUUUUUCUGCUCCCAUGUCCAGUACUGUGGGCAGCACACAAAACAAUGCCAAACAUGGAUCGCUCUUACCUCAGGAUACCGCUGAUGUUGUCGAUCGCCGUUCUGCACUAAGCGCAAAAGGUUCGAGUGAUAUUGUUAGAAUUCCACCGUGUUCUGUGAAUAAUAAUGAGGAUAGACAAUUAGCAGCUAAAUCUGCCACUAAUACCAAAUUAAACCACAUUACUAUGUCGUCGCAAACGCACGAAAGGAUGGUCGAUACGAAUACUGGCGCUACCACCACAACCACUCAACACUACACUGUCAGCACACAUCCAAGUCUAAAUCAGGCCGUUGAACUUGACACUCAUCGUCCUGUCAGCCGCUCUGUUGGCACAUCGCCGGGGCUUCACUUUCAUCAAUCAGACAUGCGCACUCCACCCAGGCGGACGGUACGCACCUAUGAUAAGGCUGUGAACGCCCCUUUUAUGAAAAGCCUCGCAACGUCGCCGAUUCAGUUUGACAAUACUGUGGCGUCUAAAAUGUAUCCAAAGGCGUCCAAUAAAUGGUUAUCAGCACCAGUUGAGAAUAAUGUUGAUGAUCGAGGCUCUGAAUGGGUGGAAUCAGGUCUCAGCGAGGAGGAUCAUGGUGACGUCACUCCCAUCGAUGAGGUAAACCCGCCCCAGCUGCAGGCUACCGUUUUGGCCGACAGUUGCGAUGGUGUGGUGUUGCCCUCUGGAAUGGUGCUGGAGUACCUACGUACACACCAGGCCAUGGAUUCUCUACGCCAUGAGCUCCAGCAACUUGAGCAACUCGAACAAAAUAUGGUGGUUCAACAAAUGGAGAAUUAUACGGCUUCAUACCAAGAAAAACCUUUGAAAAAGGCUUCUUUUACCUCUUCGUCGGGUCUUCAACACCACCACCUCACCGUAGAAGGACGGACUAAUAAUUAUGCUGAGCCUCACCAGAUCUCGACCCCGGCUCCAGGGCUCAACCUCGUAGCGCCUGUGCACAUGGUGGAAACCACACAGAUACGCCGAACCGGGAAGCCUCUCCACGGUCGUGGUACCACAUCCAAACCGAAGCUGUUUAAUCGUCAGUAUGACAAAAGCGACCUGCAUGGGUAUGGGGAAGAAGGCUUAGAGGGUGAGGUUGUGGAUGGUGAAGGUCCCAUCACUGCCGUCAGUGAGAACCUCUUCGCCAAACGGGUGCGUGUGGAGCAAGGGCCGCAAGACGAUUCUAUAUCAUUGCAGACGCCCUCAAAUCAGUAUCGUGGCGUGAACUUUUUCCUGAAACAAAACCAAGUUAAUCAAGAGAAUGUCAGUUCAGCAUUGCAGGAUCUUCGCUACAUGCAACGACAAAAAAAUAACAUGGAUUCCCUGGUUGAAAAACAGCAGGCUUCCGAUGCAGUUCAUCCUCACAGAACGUCAGGGGCAGAUUUUUCACCAGAGGAAGCAGAGAAUGUUCCCCCAAGUUCUUCACCCUAUCACAGCGUCAUUUCAGAGAAUUUGCCACCAACUACGCCUUUUGGUCAGUUAGUGAUUCCGACCUGUUUUGUAGAGCAGAAAAAUGACACUGCCGUACAGGAGCUGCGCCAAGUGCUGGGUACCAACUAUCCUAGCGAUACGCGUCUUUCACUCAAAGGUAAAAGCAGGAUACAAGGGAGUGGUGCAUUUGAGAGUGAAGAAACGAGUAACGCUAGGAGUAGUGUAGCUUGGUGGACUGAAAUGAGCUCGGCGCCUAUGCCGACUUAUGCGGCAGAUCCACAAUACUCGAUGGAGCUAUUCUAA